CCCCUGUGUAAUGUAAAUCCUGUUAUGCUAAUAAAUAGCUAGCUUAAAAAUAAUAACACCAUCUGGUCAUAACGUUGUGACGUCGCGGUGCUUCGAGUGUGACGUUCCAUUCGAAUUAGUCGGUCGCCGGUGUUACGUCGUUAACGUUGUGACUGAGCAAGCAAGCCUUGUGGUGUUGGGUACCGUCGGUAGGUCGGUCGGUCGGUCGGGUACCGUUAACGCCUACUUUUAGGUAUUGCUCAUUUUUGCGGAGAGAGGCAGCAGCUCCAUUCAUAGCAGGGCUGGUCGGCAGGCAGGCAGCGCAGGAGCGGCCAAACACCAUCACCCACCGACGUAUGAGCCAAAUGAUGGUCUCUCACUGAAAAACACCAGGCCAGGUUGAACUGCGCUAUCAUCGUCAGCCGCUUCGACGUCGGACUAAAACCGAAACCACCACUCUCUCUCUCAGGAAUGGAAAUGUUAAUGUCUUGAUUGACUGGAGGUCUUCCUCUCCUGCGCUUUCGGUCUGCCGCCGCGGAAAUAGCCUGACUUCCUAGUCCUCCUCCUCCUCCUGCCGCAGACCGGCCACCCUACUCGGCUCGUUUAACCCACCAGGCUUGACCAGGCAGGACCACGACCACUGGGGCUUUUUGGACACAACAUACCGUCGUUUGAAGAUACGGAAACCGUGUGUGUGUGUGCUUUUUUCUGCCGCCUGUAUAAUGCCGACACAUUUGCGGUUCCGGAGAAGGUCAUUCCUUGGGCUUUUAUUCCUUUUUUCACUGUCCACCUCCGCAUUGUACUUCAUCUACUCCGCACCCGGAAUCGUGAAUGAGUAUGUGUUCAUGGUCCAAGCCAGAGGGAUCCAAAUCAGAGAGAACGUGAAGAACAUUGGGGCUCAGGUUCUUGAGCAGGUGGUGAGAGGGGCUUACAGCAACAAUGGCACAGAUUAUGCCUAUGACUACAACGUGAGCGCGAGUGAUGCUCCUCCCACCACAUACCUCCCAGACGGCUUCACCUACCUCCCCACUCAGGUUUGCCCGGAGAGGCUGCUCUCCAUGAAGGGCAAGCUGGAGUUGAAUAUGAGCGAAGUGUCUUUGGAGGAAGUGGAGAGAUCCUUGCUGGAGGGAGAGCCUAACAUGGCCCCAGGAGGCUACUGGAAGCCCAAAGACUGUUUACCUCGCUGGAAGGUGGCAAUCCUAGUCCCGUUCAGGAACCGACAUGAACACUUACCCAUUCUCCUGAGACACCUGGUGCCAGUGCUGAGAAAACAGAGACUCCAGUUUGCCUUUUAUUUCAUAGAGCAGGGGGGCACGGAGCCAUUUAACCGAGCCAUGUUGUUCAACGUGGGCUACAAGGAGGCCAUGAAGGACCUGGACUGGGACUGCCUGGUCUUCCACGACGUGGACCACCUCAUGGAGAACGACAGAAAUUACUACGGCUGCACAGACAUGCCCCGACACUUUGCGGUCAAACUCGACAAGUACUCCUACAUGCUUCCGUAUAAUGAGUUCUUCGGCGGGGUCAGUGGCCUAACGGUGAAGCAGUUCCAAAAGAUUAAUGGAUUUCCUAAUGCAUUCUGGGGCUGGGGAGGCGAGGACGAUGACCUCUGGAACAGGGUGCGGUAUGCCAAUCACACAGUAAGCAGACCACACGGAGAGCAGGGACGCUACAAGUCAAUUCCACAUCACCAUCGCGGGGAAGUCCAGUUCCUAGGAAGGUAUAGUCUACUACGCCACUCAAAGGAGAGACAGAGAGUGGAUGGUCUUAACAACCUAAACUACUCCCCCCUAGUGUCCAGGAGGCCUCUCUACACCAACAUCACAGUCACCUUGAGCAGAAAGCUUGCACCCAUAGCCGACUACUGACGUAGGAACAGCUGGACUGCAAAAAAACACCUGGGAAUCAAAGUCCUCUGGGACAUCAGCCAUAUCUCACCAGUUGCAGCACUGCUUAGGACUUUUUAGUUGAUCGAUUCUUUGCUUUUUUUUUUUUUUUUUUGUUUGUAUGCAAAAAAAAAAAAGGAGACUCAAAUAAGUAUGUUGGAUAAAUCAUAUAAAGAAAUUAAGGAUAAAUGCUGCACUUGCUUGUGCCACAGUCCAUCACUCCUCUCAUCUGGGCUUAUCUAGUCUUCGGUCUCCACAUGCCUUUUGCACCAUUUUGGCCUUCAGCAUCCAUUCAUUCAUUCAUUCAUUUCCUUACUCAGUCAAACAAUUAGCUCAGCCCUCACUAUUGUGCUUGUUUAUUCAAAUAAGCCACGCAUUCAAGUUCACACACGUGCACGCACGCAACAGUUUGACUUACAUGUGCUGACCUGGUCCCUGAGGCUUUGAUUUUUUUUUUUUUACUUUGCUCUUGCACUUCUUAUUUUCAUAAAUGCAGUAAAAGCAUGUGAAAACAUUUGCAUGCACACCACGACCACACGCAGCGACUUUUAACUGAGUGGACUCUUGCAGCUGGUUCUGCAGAAGGUUUGCCAAAAUCUACAAGUGAAGAGAGCAAGAGAAAAUGAUCUAUAAAAGAGUGAGUGUUUUCAGUCAUGUAUACCGUAUGUGAAAUAGUCUAUCCUAACUUUAGAGAAUAUUAAAACCUUAAUCAUCUCUCACCACAACUAUGUUUUGUCCUGUGAACCCUACCAUUUAAAAAAAAAAAAGACUGUGAUGUUUGUGUUUGCAUAGUUGCAUUUGGAUGUUCUGGCUAGCUGCGAGUGGCUGUAUGUCGGAGAGCGAUGCUCAUCCUGUUAGCAAUAAGCUGUAAUAUCAGACAGCAGAACAUAGACCUGACUUCCUCACUAUACAGAUGCAAUAGCACGGGUGCUAGCAUACCCUUAUUGGACGACAGAAAAAGGAGUGACUGCGUAUGCAAACUUCACAUUCAACACACCUUUGCCUAAGCAAACAUGCCUCCCUUUUCAGAACCUGUGUGUGUGUGUGUCUGCGUGUGUGUAUAUAAGUGAGGGAGAGCUAUGCAAAUGGCCUGUAUGUAUCCUGUUGUCAGUCUAAGGUCGUCAGGGUGACCUCCAGGAGAAUUCACCCCUGAAUAUGUGGACCGACUGACUUUUAGACCUCACUUUGUGUGCGGUAUGCGAGUCCAGGCCAGGGAGAGAUAAACGUUUUAUUUUUAGAUCCCACAUCCUUAAUGUUUACUCACCUUCAUAUUUUUUUUUUUUUUUUUUACGGGAGAGAAUCGGAGGUAGAGAAUACUUGAUUGCUGUCACUGUCACUUGUGUUUACAGAAGCUUUUGCUUUGUUAUUUUGUUCAGAUUGUCUAGUGUUUGUAAUACUGUUAGCCAGUUCUCCUCCACUGUGGGUGCUGUGAGAACUGUAUCUCUUCAACAACCAAUCUAUCUAUGGCUGCCUUUAUUUUUUUAACUAACACUUCUUUAUGUAGAUGUGGAAAGGGGAAAAGCAGAUGCUUAUUUUAGACGUUCGGGGCGAUAAACCACUGAUUAGCUUUCUUAGCUUCUGGCCAGCGAGUUUGUUUGCGUAGAUCAAAACUUCAGGAUGUUGGUCUAAGGAAAAUUUCCGGUUGGGCGGCAUGCAGCCUGACACUGCUUUGACGCAGAUUGACAGCACUCUAGCAGUACACAGCAGUUGCUAAAAAUGUCCCUUCUCUGAUUUGUUCUCUGAUUUGUGUGUUUUGACAGUGUUGAUUUUGAGUAAAAUAUCCCAAUACUGUAAAUGUAGUUCCUUUUAAAAAAAAAACACACAGACACUCUGUCCUCACCGUCUGUCCUCUAGUCAUGCAGCUACUUCAUUUCACACAAAUCGCCUUGUAUGCAUUUCUUAAGAUGUAUCUUUUUGGGGGGGAAAUGUGGUUGUUGUGUUCCCACAAUGAAAUAAGAAGUAAAGAGGCUGGACCUCAUUUUAUUUAUUUGAUCUUUUAUGAAUUACUUUCUGUAAUUGUUUUUUUUUUUUUUCUUUGCGGUUGACGUGAUGAUGUAGUAGGUGACAUAUGACAGACCGUGUUAGAUGCACUGAAACUCAUAGUAAUGUGUAUUUAUGUGGCAUUGUGAGGUUCAGGUCUGUGUAAACGGGGGAGACGUUCCAUUUCGUUUCGACGCAGACUAUCCUCUGAAUGAAUGAACUGGUUUGGAUGAAAUGGAACGGGAACCCGUAGCCUGGUGUGUAUUAAUCUGCUGAACAGACACGUUGGAGGAAGGCCAUUUUGUGUGACAACCACAGGAAGAGCAAAACGCCUAAUCGAAAAAAAUGCUAGUGGUCGCCGUCUUUCACUGGGAAACCUCCUUUAUAUAUAUUAAUUGAUAAUCAAUGGUGCUGACCCUUCCAGAGCUCCCUUUUGAGGGACUUUCUACUUGCUUAUUGGAGCCAAUCUUAACAUCAUAAAGGCAAAACAUCCCUCCGACCUGCGUAUAAGUGGCGUGGAUAUCCAGUGUUUUUACAUCCGUACAUUUGUAAACCUGCUGCCUUUUCAUCCUGCCAGCCAGGUGAAGCUAAUGCUAAGCUUAUGUUUACCUCCUAGCCAAUCACUCAGGAGGAGCCCAGUGGAAGUCGUGAACAGUAGCAGCAUUUGUGUUAAGUUUUCCUUUCCGCGUGUGUUUGAGUUAAAUGGCUAAACCUCUCAGGAGGUCUAACUGACCUCCUAUUAGAUUUUGAGGUGUUUUUUUUUUGUCAUUUUUUUUUCCAGCACUGAUGUGAAAAUGAUUUAUAGCGACCUGGUUGUUAACAACUCACAGGUUGUUUUUUUUCUAGUUCUUGACACUUACAUGAUACACUGUAUAUUAUCUUUUAUUUUUUUUGUCAUUGCUUUAAAUUAAAAGCUAGAUGGACAUAAAGCAAAAGCCAAAUGGUUUUAGUUUGAGCGUUCAGGUGAAGAAUCAGACCCGGAGCGACUUCUCAGUAUAAAAGAGGAUCUCUGGGUGACGUAGACGUUAUUAGAGUCAGUAUUAGGCUCGAUAUUCCUCAAGAACAAGCAGCUUCAUCAGCCAAUAAUCAACAAGAUGGGUUUUUUCUGACUACUAGACAGCUUUGUCCACCAUGACUUAACAGGGGCAAAUCAGUCAGCGCUCUCUUGCUUUUUAUUUAAAACAGGAAAUGGAUUGUUUUCAGUUUGUGAUAAGAGCAUGCUGGCUAGUCUUUGUCCCUGUUAUAUAUAAAUAUAUACCGUAUAUGGUCUCAAUCCAGACCAAGACCAAGCCUGCUGCUCACUAAAGAGGCUUCAUCGUACCAUAAGCUCACCUGCUCUCAUCCAUUCUGUACCAGUUUAAAUGAAGGGACCUUUUUUUGGGCAUCUGACAAGACUGGCAGCCUUAAAGCUUCUUAAUUUAUUGCAGUGUUUUUUCACUUUUUUUGUUUUUUUUUAUAAGCAAAAAUAUUUAAAUUGAAAAAAAAGUGCAUAUCAAGAAAAACGAUCAUUGUAAAUAUUGUUGUGUGUAGUGUUUUAGAAAUUCUAUAAGGUCUUAAAUCACUACAGAUGCUAGCAUAAAGAACAAGGCUUUGGAGGGAUUCGGCUGCGGGUUUAUCUGGUGCCAUUUGUGAAGCUUACACAGCGACAUCAAUGUUUUUACAUCACUGCUUCCCAGCACAGCCUCUUUUUUUUUAUAAAUUAAAAAUAUCCUUAUCCCAUGAAUUUUAAGAUUCCUCUCACAAUCUGAGGUGUUGUGCAUUCCCGAGGCCUCCCGUUACUUAACAUGCUGCAGCAGUAGAAGAGACACAUCAUGGCAGACGUAUAGGCAACACACUUCACAUGAAGUUCAGUGUCCUUGUUUCUGCGUGUGAUAUCUCUUUGAUAGCAGCAGCGGUCGGGGUAACGUGUAGGUCAGAGGAAAGCACAGCAGGAUAGCGAUGUGUCAGCCAAAAAACAUCAUACGCUUACAAUGCAACGAAACACAGGCACCCAAACCAGCGACACAAUCCACUCUCAAAUCUACACCGAUUUUCUUUUUGUUUUUGUAUGAAAGCUAACUAUUUCAAAAAAAAAAAAAGGAUACAGAUUGCUAAAUUUAAAAAUAUAUAUCUUCUCUGAUUGUAAGGAGAGCUGUUCUCCUUGAAUUGAAGCCAUUUGAAGCCACUUGUCAAAACUUGAUGUCAGCCUUAUGUGGAUCUGUUUGUGUAUCGGCAUAUUAUCUUUUGAUUAUUGAAAUUUGUAUGAUGGAGAUUUUCUUUUAUACCAUCAUUGUUAUUGUCAAAGUACACCAAUAAAAUGAAACUUGUAAAGAUACAGUA